AAGAGAAGCUGCGUUGGUAUUUCAGCAGUGCUUAGUAACAUAUGAUUGUGUACAGAACUGCUGCACCAAAAGUGAAGUUAACUAAGAAAAAGGAAGAAGACAUUUGAUGCAAUCGCGGAUGUGGGUUUGACCUUGCAGAGGCUCGAACUCCUCUAGCAGCGCUCUGUUUAAUGACAGAGCUUCAGCAAUGAAUCCGGAGGAGCAGGCGGUUACAUGGCUCAUUUCACUGGGGGUUUUAAACUCGCCAAAAAAGACUGUUUCCGACCCGGAGGUGUUUUUGAAAUCGUCUCUUAAGGAUGGGACAGUACUUUGUAAAUUGAUUAACCGGCUUCUGCCAGGAUCAGUAGAUAAGUACUGUGCCGAGCCCAGAACCGAAUCAGACUGUCUUAACAACAUCAGGGAGUUCCUCAAAGGCUGCGCUUCUCAUAAAAUAGAGACAUUUGAACCAGAUGAUUUGUAUCCUGGGGAGAAUUUCGGUAAGGUUCUUAGUACCCUGACUGCUCUAAACAAAGCCACUGAAGAACGUUCUUCAGGAAGAAAAUGUUCAUUUUCAUCAUCUCAGCAUCAUAGUAAUACUGCUACUUCCCAGCAGAAUUCAAAUCCUUCUGAUCCGAGCCAUUCAAAGGCAACAAGGCUGUCAAAGAACAUGGAGAUGCCAGAAAAUGGCACCCAUCAGUUAGUGGUGAAGGCCAGAUUUAAUUUUAGACAAAACAAUGAAGAUGAACUCUCUUUUAAAAAAGGAGAUAUUCUUUACGUCACCCGAGUGGAAGAAGGUGGCUGGUGGGAAGGUACUCUUAACGGAAAGACAGGCUGGUUCCCAAGCAACUAUGUGAGAGAAGUUAAAUCUGAUAAGCCAUUGUCACCAAAGAUCUUGAAACCAUCUGAAGGAUCUUCACUAACAAAAAACUACUACAGUGUGGUACUACAAAAUAUUAUUGAAACUGAACAAGAGUAUGCAAAGGAAUUACACACACUUAUUGGAACUUACCUGAGGCCUUUACAGUCUAGUGACAAGUUGUCACCCGCAGACGUUUCUUCACUGUUGGGUAAUAUAGAAGAGAUAGGUACGUUUCAGCAGUCACUUUGUCAAGCACUGGACGACUGUGCAAAACUACCUGAAUCACAACAGAGGGUCGGAAGCUGUUUUUUAAACCUCGUUCACCAGAUGAAAUCCCUUUACUCUUCUUACUGUGCUAAUCAUCCGUCUGCAGUUGCUGUUCUUACACAGCAUGGUGAUGAACUUGAUAAAUACAUGGAAAGUUUAGGUGCAACUAGUCCAGGAAUUCUGAUACUAACUACAAACCUCAGCAAGCCAUUUAUGAGACUGGACAAGUAUUCUAAUCUACUUCAAGAGCUUGAACGGCAUAUGGAGCAGUCUCACCCAGAUCAUGCUGAUGUCUUGAAGGCAGUUACUACAUUUAAGGCUCUUGCGACCCAUUGCCAAGAGCUAAGAAAGAGAAAACAGCUUGAGCUGCAAAUUCUUUCCGAACCCAUCCAAGGCUGGGAAGGAGAAGACAUCCGGACAAUUGGGAAUGUAUUGUACAUGUCACAGGUCAUGGUACAGUGCAGUGCAAAUGAGGAUAAAGAAGAGAGAUACUUUCUUUUAUUUUCAAGUGUUCUUGUCAUGUUAUCAGCAAGCCCACGGAUGAGUGGUUUCAUUUAUCAGGGCAAACUGCCGAUAACAGGAAUGACAGUGACAAAAUUGGAAGAAAGUGAACCCAAUCAUUUUUCGUUUGAAAUUACAGGAAAUAUGAUUGAAAGAAUACUUGUGUCCUGUAGCAAUAGUCAGGAUUUGAAUGAAUGGUUCGAGCAUCUUCAUAGGCUUACCAAAGGUACAAGCAGUACAUCAUUAAAGGGACGGAGUGGAAGCACUUAUUCUCAUUCAGACAGUAAGGCGUCUUCAGGACUUUCAUCUCAUCAUCCAUUUUCUCAGUCAUUUAGUGGUACAGGACAGAGCCGAGGACCUCUGGAACCUCCCAAAAUACCAAAGCCAUGGACACUUAGUUGUCUCAGACCUGCACCCCCACUUAGACCAUCAGCAGCCCUAGGUCACAGAGAGAGGAUGUCUUACAUAUCAAAGGAUUCAAGCAAGAGCCCUAAAACUGUGAAGAAAUUUCUUUCUAAACGAAAACCUGAAAGAAAACCAUCUGAUGAUGACUACGUUAUAAGAAAAAGCACAGCAGCUUUCGAAGAAGAUGCCCAGAUUCUCAAGGUCAUAGAAGCCUAUUGCACUGGUGCAAGCAUUCAGCAAUCACUAGGGUCAUCUUCUCGGAAAGACUCUGCUCCACAAGUCCUACUGCCUGAGGAAGAAAAAUUAAUCAUUGAAGAGUCAAGUAAUGGUCAUACCAUAAUCGAAGAAAAGAGCCUUGUAGACACCGUGUAUGCCUUAAGGGAUGAGGUGAAAGAAUUAAAGCAGGAGAAUAAGCGGAUGAAGCAAUGUCUGGAGGAAGAGCAGAAAUCAAGGAAAGAAUUAGAAAAAUUAGUGAGAAAAUUGUUGAAACAGACAAAUGAUCCCACAUGGGAUGAAACAAGCCAUUAGUAAAUAUUGUUAGUUUUUGCUUAAUUACCAAACUGAGCUGCUGGCAGUAAGAUGUAAUUUUGUGCAACUCUGGGAUGUUAAACUGGACGCUUGGAUGCCUAUCUUGGGAAUUUCACCAGAAGAGCAGAGCUGGCUUGCCGUUGCACUUCCACAGGAAAAAAAGACGUAUACGUCCCAGAAUAUGAUCCUAAAACAAGAUUUCCUUCACACAGAGUUCACGGAUUGAAUGCUAAAACAAAUACCUCAUUACAUUUGCUGUUAAGGUGUUUAUUACAUUUACUCUCCACUUGGCAAGUUAAUUUGAAGCUGUAAAGAAAAUGGCGUUAUCACUAGUGACCUUAAAACCCAAUCCUCUGUAUUACUUUCAUUUUCUUUGUAGGGUGGGGGUAUUGAAAGCACUUUUUUUAAAGCAGAACAUUUUAAACUUUAUGAAAUGUGUUCCUUUAUCAGUUUGUGUUUGUUAGCAAAGCUAGUUAAUGUUUCUAGACCAUUUGUCCAGAAGUAGUCAUUCACAUGGACUGUAUUUUAUUAACUGAACCUUAAGCUGAUAUAGACUGAAAUUACAAACCCUUAUUGUAUGUGACCUGAUUUACUUUAAACCAACAUAGAUCAAAUCGUUUGGCAUAUUAGAUUAGUAGAAACAGCUACUGCAUCUGUUGUUCAGAGUUUUGUAUUAUGUAAUUUAUGUCAUAGCUAUCAAAUGAAUACUUUCAGUCUAGACUAUAUUUCCACAUUAAUUUACACACACUUUAUGGCAUUGUACAGGACCACCAGUGCUGCAGGACAGAAUGCCUUCUUCAUCUGCAUGGGUUGACUAUCAGGAGUCUUCCAUUUCUUAGUGUUCAAGUGGCAUUAUUUGUUUUUCAGUACAGUUUGUUGUCAUAUUUCUAUAUUGAAAUAUUGAAGUAUACUAUAUUUGUUUACUUCUUGGGUAUAUAUUUCAUAAGUAAUUGAGAACUUUAUUACACUCUACCGUGAUCCAUUAUUAUUUGAAAAUAAUGUGAACUUGGACAAUUUAAUCAGUAACAUAGUAUUGUUUCUGAUUGACCUCAUGUGUGCAAUUGUUGCAUUUCAUUUUAUACACCUGAGAGCUUUAGAUUUGCAGUGUUUAAUACUGUGGCUGUCUAGAUGUAUUAUAUUUUAAAUUAUGCAACUUGCUCUUUUCAAAGCCAUUUAGAGUGGAUAACUUUCAUGAUAAACAUAAAUGGGGGAACUGGAGCAAACCUCCAUAUAUGGCCUGAAGACUAAUGUAUAAUCUUCUAAUUAAGAUGAUUGCAUGUUGGGUUUUGCUUGUUAAAUAAUGCUUGCUGAAAUUUAUAAGCCUUUCAGAUUUAUUUCUAAAUAUUAAAAAAGUCACUGUAGCUGUGGGACAUUUGUUUUCUGUACAAGAAAUAUUUUCAUCAGUUCAAUUUAAAUGACUUUUUUUUUUUAACCAGUGGCCUGUAUAUAGUAACAUUAAUUAGCAUUAGUUUCUUGUCAGAAUGCCUAGAGUUCACAUUUGAAAUGAAAU